AGCAAAAUUCGGAAAACGAGGAAACAAGCCGGAGCAAGCAUCGAAUACAGGUCUCGUUCCACUUUGUUCAUCCCAAGGUCGCACCGCACCGCACCGCAUCCAUCUACCGUACGUCUUCGAGUUUUACACAACACACACUCACUCCACAAUGAACCAAAAGUCAUCGGAAUCGUCACCGGCACCCCCUGCCUCUGCUUCUUGGCUGCAGCGGGCACUGCGCCCGGCGGUCUGCCUUUUCCUGCUGUCGCUCCAGCCGGGACCCUGGUGGCCUCGAGGAUCGGGCCUCGCCUCCGGCUACGUGGCGCCGCCGAUGCAUGCGUCGAGGCCGCUCUCCGCGUCGGUUCCCUUGCGCGGGAGCCCCGGUGCCGGUCCGCUUGGCGGAAGGCACGGGAGGAAGAGCGACGUUUUCCGGAGGUUCGAGUCGGUCUCCCGGCCGAACGGAAGCAACCCCGCCUCGGAAAGGUCCUCCCCCUCGGAGAAACUCCGGCACCGGCUGUCGGUCCUGUGGAGAUUCACCCGGCCCCACACCAUCAUUGGCUCCGCCCUGGCGAUCCCGGCCCUGCACCUCCUGGCGGCCCCGACCUACGGAACCGCCCUGACGGCCCGGUCCCUGUCCAGCAUGCUGUACGCGAUGGUCCCGUCCCUGCUCAUGAACCUCUACAUCACCGGGCUGAACCAGGUGACGGACGUGGAGAUCGAUAAGAUCAACAAGCCGGACCUGCCCAUCGCGUCGGGGGAUCUCUCCGUCAAGGACGCGAGGCUCCUGGUGGUCGGCUCCCUGGUCCUCUCCCUGGCCCUGGGGGCUUCCGUUCCGGCGCUCGCCACGGAGGGCCUGGGCGUGGCCCUGGGCGUCUCGGCGGUCCUGGGCACCGUCUAUUCCCUCCCGCCCUUCCGGUUCAAGCGGUUCCCCCUGCUGGCGGCCUUUUGCAUCGUGGCGGUCCGAGGGGCCGUCAUCAACGCCGGAUUUUUCGCCCACGCCCACGCGGCGGCCUACGGGGGCUCCGGGCGGGGGAGCGUCCUGGGGUGCCUGGCCGGGGACCUCCGUUGCGGCCUGUCGAGCCUGUACUUUGCCGUCUUUGGCCUCGUCAUCGCCCUCAUGAAGGACGUCCCGGACGUCGAGGGCGACGCCCUGUCCAAUAUCCGGACGGCCUCGGUCCGGCUGGGCCCUUCGGCGGUCUACCAGGCGAUGCACAGGCUCCUCACGGGGCUCUUCUGGGGCGUGGGCCUGGCCUUUUUCAGGGGUGCCCUGGCGGCACCCGCCAGCGCCGCGGUCCGGUCGGGACGGGCCCUGGUCGGGGCGGCCGCCCUCCUGGCGGGGGCGUCGGUCCGGAGGGAGGCCUCCCCCGUCGACCCCCACAACCCCCGGGAGGUCUACGGGUUCUACAUGCACCUGUGGAAGCUCUUCUACCUGAGCUACCUGUUCCUGCCCUUUGCGAGGUGAGGGUGUCCUUCCGAGCCCCCACGACCGCAAGCAGGGGUGCGAUGCAACGCACGGCGCGAACGCACACGACCCGCUUGCCAAAACGCAACGCAGGAGCCAGCGCACAGAGACUGCGAGAAAAGCAAAACCCGGCCCAUUGUGCGAUUUUGUGAAGAAACCAUAAGAAAUAGAACCACACCGC